AUAUAUCCUCGGUCCCGUCGCCAUGGCCGUGAGCGUCUCUUGUCCCCGUCGCAGGCUUCGCUGGAGUCAGAGUUACUGCGCGAUUGCGGCUUCAACCAAGUGCAGUCGUAUUGAAAGACAUGCAAGCGAAAAUGGGGAUGGGCCGGGUAUGGCCUUCGGCAAUCUCAGUAAUGCUCCUCCUAGCGUCCCACCUCGUGUCCGCCGAGCUGGCUUCCUUCAAUGGUGGAUUCCUUGAUAAUCUCACUGGAGGCCUUGACGAUUUUGAUGGGGAGAACGGCGGGGACCUCCUCCAACUAGUUCGGCGCCAGCAGAGGUACUGUCCGGCCUACGCACCCGUUGAUUGCGGUGCCAGCGGCGGCUGCUGUAGGUCUGGGGAAUAUUGCUGCACGAACGUCAACGGCUGCUGUCCCGUCGACUCGAACUGUUAUAGCAACCCAAGAGGAUGCUGUCCAAAGUCCGCCGAGACCUGCAACAAGGGGUUCUGUCUUCUACCAGGGCAAACAUGCUGCGGUCCGGCGGCUUGUAACAAGGGAUAUAUGUGUAUGAAGUCGCCGAGUGGAAGGGAAACAUGCUGCCUUCCGGGGAUGACCGCCUGCAAUGAUGGAUCUUGUUGCUACGAGGGGACCACAUGCAGCGCUUCUAACCCUGGGAAAUGUGAGCGCAUACGAACGAGCAUUUCGACUCUGUCCGAGUCGUUGCCUUCUAGAAGUGCGAGGCCAACCUCACAACCAAAUCCAACCCGUCCGCCGACGACAGCAACGAGCCCAGUGAAGAGCCAGAAGCCUCCUAAAAUGAAAUGCAAGAGCACGCCAUCAUAUUCAAUUCCGAACGCAAAGCGCACUGCAAUCCCAGAGCUAGCCGCAGACCAUGUCGCCGCGAUCGCCGCCGGAGCGCCGCAUUCCAAGCGGCAGGAAGAAUCUGGCAGUGCUUUCGCGGAAUUCUGCGAAACGGAGGAUGAGAAGAUUCCUGUUAUGCUUUUCCCUUGGUUCCCUGGCGAGACGGACGAGCUGAUUGAAAGUACAUGCGGAGGGAUCCGCCAGUUUGGUGGCACUGACGAACUCCUUCUCACUUGGGCCGGCGACGGCCCAACUGCAGCAGGGAAGAGAAGAGCGAAGAACUGUCCAUCGGGAUACUGCUCCAGCAUUGGACAGAAGCAAAAUGCCAACUACGCCCGAGAGAAUGAAUGCGACGAGUUCCCACCAGCUAGUACUGUCGAAAGCGCCCAAGGCUCUCACGUCAUGUGCAUCGACCGACUCCAGAAUCAACUCGGCGGCAAGCUCAUACUAAGCUAUCGCUGGAUCUAUAGGCUCCAACCGAACCAAAAGUUCAUCAUUCGAGUGAUUCCGAACUGCAACUAUUUUGCUAAGCACAAGCGCUCGCCAAGCUCCAAUGAUGUCGAACGUGUACAGAAGCGUGCUGAGACGGAUGCAUUCUCCGGAUCUGGCGGCUCCUGGCUGCAAGACCGUCGACCUGGCGCCGAGAUGGGCGUUGGCUGGGUUUUUGGAUCCCUUCCCGAGUUGUCGGCUGGAGCUUACAACAUCUCAUUUGAUUUCAAGGGAGCGGCUAAGGACCUCUCCGUCUUUGACUCAGCGGGCCUCGAGUACCUCCGAUUAGAGUCUUCGGAACCGGGGCAGUCGUUCAAUUUCACUGUUGCUGAAGGCCUGCCUCUCGCCGUUGCGGCGUACGCGCGGGAAGAUGCCAAAAUCGACUUGUCGUAUAGUGGCAAACGAAUGCCUAAUUCGACGACGAAACCUUCACUUGCGGUGUCGGUCAGAAGCUCAUGGGACUUCCGCUCGAUGGGCCUGGGUUUCUUGAUUCUCGCCCUGUUGACGUUUUUCAUGUAGAUUGUAACUUGAUACCAAUGUUAUUCUAAUUCAAGUUCAGG